UUUUUUUUUUUUUUUUUUUUUUUUUUUUUUGCGCAGCCGGACUUUGCUUUUUGGAGCCGGGGGGACCUCGCCGGACUCGCCAGAGUGAGCGGGAGUCUGAAGCUAGCCGAGAAGCGCAUCAUCCCUCCGCACCCGCCAUGUCCAUGCUGCCCACCUUCGGCUUCACGCAGGAGCAAGUGGCGUGCGUGUGCGAGGUGCUGCAGCAGGGCGGCAACAUCGAGCGCCUGGGCCGCUUCCUGUGGUCGCUGCCGGCCUGCGAGCACCUCCACAAGAACGAGAGCGUCCUCAAAGCCAAGGCGGUGGUCGCCUUCCACCGGGGCAACUUCCGGGAGCUCUACAAGAUCCUGGAGAGCCACCAGUUCUCGGCGCACAACCACCCCAAGCUGCAGCAGCUCUGGCUCAAGGCGCACUACGUGGAGGCGGAGAAGCUCCGCGGGCGGCCGCUGGGCGCCGUGGGCAAGUACCGCGUCCGUCGGAAGUUCCCGCUGCCGCGCUCCAUCUGGGACGGCGAGGAGACCAGCUACUGCUUCAAGGAGAAGAGCCGCAGCGUGCUGCGGGAGUGGUACACGCACAACCCCUACCCGUCCCCGCGGGAGAAGCGGGAGCUGGCCGAGGCCACCGGACUCACCACCACGCAGGUCAGCAACUGGUUCAAGAACCGCCGGCAGCGGGACCGCGCGGCCGAGGCCAAGGAGAGGGAAAACAACGAGAACUCCAAUAACAACAACAACAACAACAACAACAACAACCCACUGACUUCAUCCAUGAACGGAAAUAAAACUCUUUUGGGAAGUUCGGACGACGACAAAACGCCCGCAGGCACGCCGGACCACCACACGUCAUCGAGCCCGGCCUUGAUGCUCGGCUCCUCCGCCGGCCUGCAGCCCUUGCACGGCCUGGCUCCUCCCCAGGGGCCCAGUGCCAUCCCGGUACCGGGCGGCGGCGGCGUCGGUGACUCCGUGCUCCACCACCACCACCACCACCACCACCACAACCAUCACUCCUUGCACCAUGACACCAUUCUGAACCCUAUGUCGUCCAACUUGGUGGACCUGGGCUCGUAGAACCAUGGAGGACUUUUUUUUUCUUUUUUUUUUUUUCUAGAACGUGCCAGUGGAAUUUUAGAAACGCAGCACUUAAAGGACUAUAAGAAAAAAAAAUAGAUAAAAGGACGGAACCGGCCGGUCCACUUUCAGUCCAUUUUCUCCUCAAUCGGCUUGCAGAAAAUACCCUGAAAUGAACAAUUAAAGGUGAGGCGGGUCCAGGGGUGCAAAUAUGAAAAUAAAAGUAUUUUAGCGAAAUGUAACAUGUUUUCAACAUUAAUACAAUGUCUUAAUUAUUGCUAAUAAUAUCUUUGUUUUCGAGUUGAAUUGGAAUUAUUGUUUACAAAAGAGCCAAACGUUGUUUUUAUUGUCCUUGUGCUGGGAAAAAGGAAAUCAUCCUCAAGUGUCUUAGUUGCCAGAGCCGCGAUAUCAGAUGAAUUAUUAUCACUUUACAUUUGAA